UGCCCCCGGCUCCCCAGUUCUCCUGGACUUGACCGCCUUCCCUCUGGCCCCACGCUGUGGAGCAAGCGGAGCAGCUGAAGGCGCUUCCGUCGUGUGGCAGGUGCCGGGGGCUUGAGCUUUUGUCCCCCUUGAGCCUGCCAUGGAGCAAGAGGAGGACACUGGCCCAGAGGUGGGCUUCUAUCCGGCCGCCCUAUGGUCCUGGGGUCUGGAGCUGAUGGAGCAGCAUUCCCAGUCCACCAUGCUGCUGGGGAUUGUGAUUGGAGUCUUCCUGGCCCUGGCCUUCAUCGGCACCACCAUCUUUUUUGUGUACAGAAGGGUUAGCCAAUUCCGACAGGUGCAGCCCAGUCCUCAGUACAGGUUCCGGAAGAGAGACAAGGUGAUGUUCUACGGCAGGAAGAUCAUGAGGAAGGUGACCACGCUUCCCCACACACUUGUGGGGAACACAGCUGCCCCCCGGCAGCGGGUGAGGAAGAGGACCAAGGUGCUGUCUUUGGCCAAGAGGAUCCUGCGGUUCAAGAAGGAAUAUCCUACCUUGCAGCCAAAGGAGCCCCCGCCCUCCCUGCUGGAGGCUGACCUCACAGAGUUUGAUGUGAAGAAUUCUCACCUGCCGUCAGAAGUUCUGUACAUGCUGAAAAACGUCCGGGUCCUGGGUCACUUUGAGAAGCCGCUAUUCCUGGAACUUUGCAAACACAUGGUCUUUGUGCAGCUUCUGGAAGGCGAGUACAUCUUCCGGCCGGGGGAGCUGGACAACAGCAUCUAUGUGGUGCAGGACGGGCGGCUGGAGGUCCGCGUCCAGGACUCGGCGCAGGAUGGCACUGAGGUGACGGUCAAAGAGGUUCUGGCUGGAGACAGCGUCCACAGCCUCCUCAGCAUCCUGGACGUCAUCACCGGCCAUGCCGCACCGUACAGAACGGUGUCCGCCCGCGCUGCUGUGCCCUCCACCGUCCUCCGGCUCCCGGCUACGGCGUUUCAAGGAGUUUUUGAGAGAUAUCCUGAAACUCUGGUGAGGGUGGUGCAGAUCAUCAUGGUGCGGCUGCAGAGGGUCACCUUUCUGGCUCUGCACAACUACCUGGGCCUGACCACGGAGCUCUUCAACCCCGAGAGCCAGGCCAUCCCGCUCGUGUCUGUGGCCAGCCUGACUGCCGGGAAGGCCAAGAAGCCGACGUGCUGCAGUCUGGAGGAGAGGCUAGAGAGGCCACCUCAGUCCCAGGAGCCCUGCGGCCCAGAUCGUGGGGGCAGCCGCACCGCGGCCUGUGGGCCUCCGCCCGAGAGGAGCCACCCCGCCCUGCUGCCUUCCGUCCACGAGGGGGCGGCGGCCAAGCUCAGCCAGGCCCAGGCUGGCAUCCAGGCCUCUUCGGCUCGUGCAGGUGCCACCUCAGACCUGAGGAUGGUGUGUGACCGAGCCCGGGUCCCGCCGCCCACAGAAGAGCGCCCCGGUGGCGCGGUGGCCAGCAAGUCCAAGAAGAAUGUGGUUGUUGCAGAGACCCCAUCGGCUGUCCUCCCCAACUCGGACGGUACCUUGGACGAGUCUGUUGCCAGCAAGAAGACAGACUCCAUCCUCAGAGCUGCCACACAGGACCUGCUCACCCUGAUGAAGCUGGAUGACCCUUCGCUGUUGGAUGGCCGGGUGGCGCUUCUCCAUGUCCCAGGGGGCACGGUGGUGUUGAAGCAGGGAGACCAGGACACGAGCAUCCUCUUCGUGGUCUCGGGGCUGCUGCACGUGUACCAGCGGAAGAUUGACAGCGAGGAGGACACGUUCCUGUUCAUGGCACGGCCUGGUGAGAUGGUGGGCCAGCUGGCGGUGCUCACGGGCGAGCCCCUCAUCUUCACCAUCAAGGCCAACCGGGACUGCAGCUUCCUGUCCAUCUCCAAGGCGCACUUCUACGACAUCAUGCGGAGGCAGCCGGCCGUGGUCCUGAGCGUGGCGCACACCGUGGUGAGGCGGGUGUCCUCCUUCGUGCGGCAGAUCGACUUCGCCCUGGACUGGAUGGAGGUGGAGGCCGGCCGCGCCAUAUACAGGCAGGGGGACAAGUCCGACUGCACCUACAUCGUGCUCAGCGGCCGCCUGCGCGCUGUGAUCCAGAAGGACGACGGCAAGAAGCGCCUGGCGGGCGAGUACGGCCGUGGAGACCUCGUGGGCGUGGUGGAGACGCUCACCCGCCAGGCCAGGGCAACCACAGUGCAUGCUAUUCGGGACUCAGAGCUGGCCAAGCUUCCUGAAGGCGCCCUGAACUCCAUCAAGCGCCAGUACCCGCAGGUUGUGACUCGACUGAUUCGCCUCUUGGGUGAGAAGAUCUUGGGCAGCCUCCAGCAGGGAGCUGCGGCAGGUCACCAGUUUGGGUUCCACACUGUGGGCAGCAAGUGGGACUCGGGGAACCCUGCCAGCAACCUUUCCACAGUGGCCGUCAUGCCAGUGUCGGAGGACGUGCCCCUCACUGCCUUCACCCUGGAGCUCAAGCAUGCCCUCAGCGCUAUUGGCCCUGCCCUGCUGCUGACCAGUGACAGCAUAAAACAGCGCCUUGGCUCCGCUGCUCUGGACAGUAUCCACGAGUACCGGCUGUCCAGCUGGCUGGGGCAGCAGGAGGACAUCCACCGGAUCGUGCUCUACCAGGCGGACAGCACGCUCACGCCCUGGACCCAGUGCUGCAUCCGGCAAGCGGACUGCAUCCUCGUCGUGGGCCUGGGCGAGCAGGAGCCCAGGGUCGGCGAGCUGGAGCGGAUGCUGGAGACUUCGGCCGUGCGCGCCCAGAAGCAGCUGGCACUGCUGCACCGGCAGGACGGGCCCGCGCCGGCCCGCACCGCGGAGUGGCUCAACAUGCGAGGCUGGUGCUCCGGCCACCUGCACCUCUGCUGCCCUCGCCGAGUCUUCUCUAGGAGGAGCCUGCCCAAGCUGGUGGAGCUGUACGAGCGGGUCUGCCAGAGGCCCCCGGACCGGCACUCGGACUUCUCCCGCCUGGCGAGAGUGCUGACCGGCAAUGCCAUCGCCUUGGUCCUUGGGGGAGGGGGAGCAAGGGGCUGCGCGCAGGUGGGCAUCAUCCGGGCCCUGACGGAGUGCGGCAUCCCGGUGGACAUGGUCGGAGGGACGUCCAUCGGGGCCUUCAUGGGUGCCCUGUACUCGGAGGAACGCAGCUACAGCCAGAUCCGCAUCCGGGCCAAGCAGUGGGCGGAGGACAUGAUGUCGAUGGUGAAGACCAUGCUGGACCUGACCUACCCCAUCACUUCCAUGUUCUCGGGGGCCGGCUUCAACAGCAGCAUCUCCAGCGUCUUCAAGGACAGGCAGAUUGAGGACCUGUGGGUCCCGUACUUCGCCGUCACCACAGACAUCUCCGCCUCGGCCAUGCGGGUCCACACGGACGGAUCGCUGUGGAGGUACGUGCGUGCCAGCAUGUCCCUAUCGGGUUACAUGCCUCCACUCUGCGACCCCAAAGACGGGCACCUGCUGAUGGAUGGGGGCUACGUCAACAACCUCCCAGCGGAUGUGGCCAGGUCGAUGGGGGCAAAGGUGGUGAUCGCCAUUGACGUGGGCAGCCGGGAUGAGACAGAUCUCACCAACUACGGGGACGCGCUCUCGGGCUGGUGGCUCCUGUGGAAGCGCUGGAAUCCCUUGGCCACGAAGGUCAAGGUGCUGAACAUGGCUGAGAUCCAGACACGCCUAGCCUAUGUGUGCUGUGUCCGGCAGCUGGAGAUGGUGAAGAACAGCGAGUACUGCGAGUACCUGCGCCCCCCGAUUGACGGCUAUGGCACCCUGGAGUUCAGCAAGUUUGAUGAGAUCUGUGAGGUGGGGUACCAGCACGGCCGGACAGUGUUUGACAUCUGGGGUCGCAGCGGCGUGCUGGAGAAGAUGCUGCAGGACCGGCAGGGGACGAGCAAGACGAAGGCGAGCGACGUCCUCACCUGCCCCAACGCCUCCUUCACGGACCUUGCUGAGAUUGUAUCGCGUAUCGAGCCUGCCAAGGUGGCUGCUGGGGACGAUGAGUCUGACUACCAGACUGAGUAUGAGGAGGUGCUGCUGGGAGGCUCCAAGGACGCGUAUGCUGACUUCCAAGGCGCCCCAGCCGACCAGGGCUCCGACUUGGAGGAUGAGCCCUCACUUCGGCAUCAACACUGAGGUCUGGCUUCCCCCCAAAUACCCGAGGACUCCUCAGCACCCCAGCUCUCUGACUAAGAUGGGGAGAAGUUUCCACCCUGAAGCACCCUGAAGCCAGCACCUCCCGUGGCUCCGUCUCAGAGUGCCUAGCUCCUGCAGCUCUUCAGCCUGCCAGGGAGACCCGCUGGGGCCCAGUGUGGAGUGCCACUCUGGGGCCCCUCUGCCCUGGCCUCUCCUGGAGGGCCACUGGCCCUGGAAUCCCCUGCACACGCAGCAGUCGUCAGGGCUGUGUCAGCCCUUGUGGCCCCUCGUGCUGGAGCCCUCCUGUUUCUGCUUUGCCUAUCAAUAAAGGCAGAUCUGAUUAUGCGGGACAUGUGGUCCCUGUGCUGAGGUCCCUGGGCCGGGGCCCCACCAAGGUGGGCAGCUCACAGUCCUGACCCUGGAGGGUAUAGUGUUGCCUGCCUGCCUGUGAGGUCACUGCGUGGGACCCUGGGACCCGAAGCCAGGCAGGCAGGGCACCCAAGGUCGGGAUGGUGCUGGUAUCCGCCUAACCAGGCAUGAAGCCCCCCGGAGCUCUCAGGCGUCGUUCCUACUUUGUACACACAAGAUUCUUCCCUAAGAUGACCUGGGCACUUUGCUUUUCAGAUCAUUAAAUAGCGCCAGGGACUCCUUUGCCUUUGCCUUUGACUUUGGGGUCCACGGUCCCUGCAGGUCUCCGA